AUUUCAAUGUUGAACAUCUUCUGCGUUUGUUUAGCCAGCUGAAGUUAGCGAAUUUUCUAAAUCUGUUUCUCGACUAUUUUAUAAAUAGUCACGCUAUCUGGAUUAAUAGCAUCAAACAUGACUGAGGAUGUACAAAAGCACUCCGUGCACACGCUCGUGUUCAGGUCCCUCAAGAGGACUCAUGAUAUGUUUGUCGCUGACCACGCCAAGCCGGUCGUCUUAGAUGACACAAGUCACAAAGUGAAGAUGGCCGCGAAGCUGAGGGCUGACUAUGGUGCUAUUCUACACAUGCCCGUUCUGAAGGAGGGCAAGGACAGGACCCCCGUGUCCGACCUACAUGGCAAUAAGAACUACGCCCAACCUGACGAUCCAGAGUACAUGAUCACUGGAACCCACGCCUACCCCUCCGGACCUGGGGUGGCCCUGACAGCCGACACUCAGAUGCACAGGAACCCCAGUGAGGGGGGUGUACAUGCCUUGGCUCUGGCUCUGCCUCCAUCACAAGCCAGGCUGGACGCUAGUCGCACGGCGGCCGGCGUCGCGGACAUCCACAGGGCCGCGGGGGGAGCCGAGAGGUCGCACGCUUCUCAUUCGCACGCCAUGUCGCUUCUGGAAGGAGGCGGCACCAAAAACUCUUCCCUCGUGGUCAGGAAAGCCCCGACUAUGCCCAAGCCACAGUGGCACGCGCCGUGGAAGCUUUUCCGGGUCAUCAGUGGUCAUCUGGGCUGGGUGAGGUCCAUUGCGGUAGAGCCCGGCAACCAAUGGUUUGUCACUGGUGCCGGCGACAGAACGAUUAAGAUCUGGGACCUGGCCAGCGGGAAGCUGAAGCUCUCCCUGACGGGGCACAUCAGCACGGUGCGCGGCGUGGCCGUGAGCACGCGCAGCCCCUACCUGUUCUCCUGCGGAGAGGACAAGCAAGUCAAGUGCUGGGACCUGGAGUACAACAAGGUGAUCAGGCACUACCACGGCCACCUCAGCGCCGUGUACGACCUGGACCUUCACCCCACCAUCGACGUGCUGGUCACGUGCAGCCGGGACGCCACUGCCAGGGUUUGGGAUAUCCGGAGCAAAGCCAACGUGCACACCUUAUCUGGACACACCAAUACGGUGGCCACAGUUCGAUGCCAGGCCGCUGAGCCCCAGAUCAUCACAGGGAGCCACGACUCGACCAUCAGGCUGUGGGAUCUGAUAGCCGGGAAGACCAGAGCUACACUCACCAACCACAAGAAGUCGGUCAGAGCGCUGGCCCUACAUCCCAGGCAGUAUACCUUUGCUUCCGGGUCAGCCGACAACAUAAAGCAGUGGACAUUCCCAGACGGCAACUUCAUUCAGAACCUCUCCGGGCACAAUGCUAUCAUCAAUGCCAUGGCGGUGAACUCGGACGGCGUGCUGGUGUCUGGAGCGGACAACGGUACCAUUCACCUGUGGGACUGGCGGACGGGCUACAACUUUCAGCGGAUCCAUGCCGCCGUGCAGCCCGGGUCGCUGGACAGCGAAUCCGGUAUCUUCGCCUGCGUGUUUGACAAUUCUGAGAGCCGUCUGAUCACGGCAGAGGCCGACAAGACCAUCAAGGUGUACAAAGAGGACGACACGGCUACUGAGGAAAGUCACCCGAUCAACUGGAAACCAGAGAUCCUCAAGAGGAAAAGAUUCUAGUUUUGCUGCC